AUGGUCAACCUCACGGUGAUGAGGGAAUUCCUCCUGCUGGGAUUCUCGGAGGUCCGGGAGCUGCAGCUGGUCCAUGCCGCGCUGUUCCUCCUGGUCUACCUGGCGGCCCUGAUGGGGAAUCUCCUCAUCGUCACCGUCACCGUCCUGGACCGGCGCCUCCGCACCCCCAUGUACUUCUUCCUCAGGAACCUGUCCGUCCUCGACCUCUGCUACAUCUCCGUCACCAUCCCCAAAUCCAUCCACGACUCCCUGACGAAACGUAGAUCCAUCUCCUUCCUGGGCUGUGCCUCCCAGUUCUUCUCGGUGGUCCUGUGUGCCGCCUCAGAGAUGUUCCUCCUCACGACCAUGUCCUACGACCGCUACGCGGCCAUCUGCCUCCCCCUGCGCUACGAGGUCAUCAUGGACCGAGGGGCCUGUGGGAAGAUGGCGGCCGCCUCCUGGCUCGGCGGGGGGCUGUAUGCACUGAUGUUGUCCUCCGUGAUGUUCUCCCUCCCCUUCUGCGGAUCCAUCCUGAUCCCACAGUUCUUCUGCGAUAUCGCCUCCAUGGUCCGACUCGCCUGCUCCGAAACGCACCUCGUCGUCGAUGUGCUCUUAGUCACCGGGGCCCUUUUGAGCUUCUCCUGCUUCGUCUACGUGGUCAUCUCGUACAUGCAUAUUUUCCGGGCCGUGCUGAGGAUGCCGGUCACCGAGGGCCGGGCCAAAGCCUUUUCCACCUGCUUUCCCCACCUCGCCGUCACGACGGUGUUUUUCACCUCGGCUGCCUUCGGUACAUUACGUCCACCCUCAGACUCGUCCUCAGCCCUGGACCGGCUGGUGUCCGUGUUCUACACCGUGUUGCCCCCCGCCCUCAACCCCCUCAUCUACAGCCUGAGGAACCGCGACGUGAAAGCCGCCAUAGGGAGGGUCCUAACCGACGUCCGGGAGAUGCGGGGAACGGUUGAAGGACGACAGAGACCAGAGCCCCCUCGCUGCCGGCUGACCAGUGAGUCUGGGCUGUUGAGAGCACAGAGCGAGGAAAUUCCAGGCAAGACACGAGACGUGGACGGGAUGUCAUUGGCUGGAGAGAUUACAUAG